CCGCCCCCGCUCCCCUUUCGGCGUCGUCGAAGAGAAACAAUAGUUCGCCGGCCGGCGCCGAGAGGGUCUCCCGCCGCAGGAUUCGGCGGGCAGCGAGGAACCGGCGGGAUUCCGGCCGGCCGGCCGGCCAUGGCGGGGUUGUACUCGCUGGGAGUGAGCGUCUUCUCGGACCAGGGCGGGAGGAAGUACAUGGAGGACGUUACUCACAUCGUCGUGGAGCCCGAGUCGACGGCCGACGAGAAGUCCUCGCUGAGGCGACCGCCUUCUCAGCCGCCGCCGCCGCCGCAGCCAUCACCACCGGCGUCCGCUCUCCCCGGCAGCGAAGUCUCGGCCAGAGGCCCGGCGGGGGCCGCCCCAGAAGCCCGGAAUUCGCCCGCGGACCCCGGGCCCUCGGCGGCUCCUAGCCGCUGCUGCCGCCGCCGGUCCUCAGUGGCAUUUUUUGCCGUGUGCGACGGGCACGGCGGGCGGGAGGCGGCACAGUUUGCCCGGGAGCACUUGUGGGCUUUCAUCAAGAAACAGAAGGGCUUCACCUCAUCCGAGCCGGCCAAGGUGUGCGCUGCCAUCCGCAAGGGCUUCCUCGCCUGUCACCUAGCCAUGUGGAAGAAGCUGGCAGAAUGGCCCAAGACUAUGACAGGUCUUCCCAGCACAUCUGGGACAACUGCCAGUGUAGUCAUCAUACGAGGCAUGAAGAUGUAUGUAGCUCAUGUGGGUGACUCAGGUGUGGUUCUUGGAGUGCAGGAUGACCCAAAGGAUGAUUUUGUUAGAGCUGUGGAGGUGACACAAGACCACAAGCCAGAACUUCCCAAGGAAAGAGAACGAAUCGAAGGACUUGGUGGAAGUGUGAUGAACAAGUCUGGAGUGAAUCGUGUAGUUUGGAAACGACCUCGACUCACUCACAAUGGGCCUGUACGAAGGAGCACAGUAAUUGACCAAAUCCCUUUUUUGGCAGUAGCAAGAGCACUUGGUGAUUUGUGGAGCUAUGAUUUCUUCAGUGGUGAGUUUGUUGUGUCUCCUGAACCAGAUACUAGUGUCCACAAUCUUGACCCACAGAAGCACAAGUAUAUUAUUUUGGGUAGUGAUGGACUUUGGAAUAUGAUCCCACCUCAAGAUGCCAUCUCAAUGUGCCAGGACCAAGAGGAGAAAAAAUGCUUGAUGGGUGAGUACGGACAAUCUUGUGCCAAAAUGCUUGUGAAUCGAGCACUAGGCCGCUGGAGACAACGUAUGCUCCGAGCAGAUAAUACUAGUGCUAUAGUAAUCUGCAUCUCUCCAGAAGUAGACCUCCAGGGCAGCUUCAACAGUGAAGAUGAGCUCUAUCUCAACCUUACUGAUAGUCCAUCCUAUAAUAGUCAAGAAACCUGUGUGAUGACUCCUUCCCCUUGUUCUACACCACCAGUGAAGUCCGUGGAAGAGGACCUGUGGCCAAGGCUGAACUCUAAGGACCAUAUACCUGCCCUUGUUCGUAGUAAUGCCUUCUCAGAGAAUUAUCCAGAGAUCCCAGCUGAGAUAGCACGAGGGAAUGUCCAGGCUCUGGUCCUACCCUCAAAAGAUCCAGAACCACUUGAAGAAAAUUGCAUGAAAGCCCUUACUUUAAGGAUACAUGAUUCUUUAAAUAAUAGUGUGUCAGUUGGCCUAGUGCCUACCAAUUCAACAAACACCACCAUAGACCAAAAAAACCUAAAGAUGUCAACUCCUGGUCAAAUGAAAGCCCAAGAAGUGGAAAGAACCCCGCCAGCAAAUUUCAAGAGGACAUUGGAAGAAUCCAACUCUAGCCCCCUUAUGAAGAAGCACAGACGGAAUGGCCUGAGUCGAAGUAGUGUUGCUCCACCUGCAAACCUUCCCACAACCUCACAGCGGAAGAACUCUGUCAAACUUAACAUGCGUCGCAGACCAAGGGGCCAGAAGAAAAUUGGAAAUCCCUUACUACAUCAGCACAGGAAAACGGUGUGUGUCUGCUGAAAUGUAUCUGGGAAAUGGGCUUCCCCGCAAAUUUAGGAUGUAAGAGGGCGUUUUGACAUUGGUGCAAAAGUUGAACUUUUUUAAGUGGAAAAAAUAAAAGUACAUAAUUUCACUUUUUGGAAUUCAACCGUUUUCUUAGCCUUGUACUUGUAUUAUAUAUGUGAAUUUUGUAGCUGUUAGGAUAUAAGUUGCUGUAAAAUGUGUGUAAAUUUGUAUCCUUACAGAAACCUAGUCUCUUACUCUGAUACACAGUAAUUGUGCUAACAAGGCUAAAUAUUUUAAGAAAAUCUAAAGAGUACUAGAUUUUAGAUACAUGUUUAAACUUAUAAAAAUGCUUAUUAAAAGUUUGUAUACACCACUUGUGAUGAGCUCUAGUCAACUUUUUAAACUAAAUUAUUAAGCAAACUGGAAAAGUGAUGUAUUUUCAUAGUGACCUGUGUGUUUCACUUAAUGUUUCUUAGAGUACUAGUGUCUUGUAAAAAAUAUUUUUAUUCCUAAUUUCAUAAUUCAGAACAUUUUCAUAGAAGGCGAAGUGUUGAGCCAUGCUAACGUAGCUGAAUGUUAGUAUUAAAAUUCUAUGCAGUAUCUAUUUCAGUGGCAUUUUUCUAAAACAGUAAUCACAUAAAAUCAUCAAAUCCCUAUUUUUCAGUAAAAGGUGUAUUUGCCUUUAGAAAAAAAAAUCCCUGCUCAAGUCAUCCCAGACAUUAAGUGGCAUUAUUAGGUCAUAAAGUAGUUACCCCAUCUAGUGUUUGGCAUGAAAUAUGUGAAGUUUUUCUUGCUAUUUCAUUAACGGAUGGUGCUGCUAAUUCCCAAUGUUUCUUAAAUUAUUUUAUAUCGUACAGUUUUAUUGAUUAUAUGGGUAUAUGUUUGUUCAUCUAAUAAAUCAGUGAACUGUUCUGAUGUU